AAUUGAUGCUAGGAAGCAAUCCUAGCCUUCACUUCGGGUCGAGAGAACAAAAAGUCAAACCAACUCCUGAUUCAUUUAAUUUCGACUUAUUUCUCACCAAACCCGAAGAGUCGCCAAAUAAGGCACAACGACUCCCAAAUCCCACCAUGUCUAUCCUAAAGAAACCCCCUACCAACCUCCAGACGAGCAAAUCUACCACUACCGCGUCUAAACGAGGGACUAAGACGAAACCCUUACCUGCGGGAAAGUCCGCUAUGGCCAGUGUACUAUCGAACUCCACUACGAGGUCACUACCUACGAGUCCCGCGCUUAAUGGAGUCGCCUCACCGAACCCGGCCUUUUCCGCCUCGCAACAGUUAUUAGAAAAGAACAAGAACCAAAGAACCAUUCUUGUUCAUGAACUGGCAUCGAGGGACCAAACCUACGAGUACCUUGCAGAUGUAUGGAAGGGUGCUGAAGGGGACCUAAAGCCUACCGUAGAGAAGGUCGCAAACUUCGACGCGACGUCCAAGAAAUGGUGCCUAAAGAAGAUGUACUGGAAAGAGCUCGACGUAUGGAACUACAGUUACCGCAACAACGAGGACCGAACGGCCGCCAUCGACAAUGCGGUUAAGCAGUACGACAAGCAACGCAUUCCGACAUCGGCACCCGAAUGGGAGAGGUUGCUUGCUCCUUCCGAGCGAGGCAAGGGCAUCGUCCUAAGCAAACUGCAAGCGACUCUUGCAAAGGGGAACAUCACACCAGUCUCCAGAGUUGCCAGCCAGAAGACCGACGAUAGCGGAAACAAGAGCGACGCCGACUCUGCAAAGGCGAAGGGUGAGGCCAUGUCCCGAUCCAAUUCGCAGCCGGUAGGGGCCAAGACGAAGAAGGUCAGCGAGCGGGAGGCGCAGACAAAGCGCCUCUUCUCAAGCAACCCUAAGAAGCCCGCACCGAAAAAGCCAGUCGCUAAGGUUAAGGCUACGGAAGAGAAGGGCAGGAAGUACCUUUCCGAAGAGAAAGUUAUUGAUUCGGAGAGCAGCGGGGACGAGAGGCCUUUGUCAAGCGCCAAUUCUAGCGUGGUGAAGUCCAAGCCCGUUGAGAAACCUGUGGAGAGGCGAAUCGAAAAGCCGGUUGAAAGGGUGGUUGAAAAGCCCAAGGAGAAGCCAGCUCCAGCACCGAAACCGAAGCCAGUGGUUCGAGCACCGCGCCCUCCGGUCAGACCCCCUCCUCCAACCGCCCAGAAGCGAAGCCGAGAAGACGAUGACAGUAGUUCGAGCUCCGGGGCACCGCUGAGCAAGCGAAUUAAGCCGAAGGAGCCCCCGAAGCCAUUGCCGAGUACCACGGCUUUGAAGCAUCGUCCAUCGGAUGCCAGCCAAAGCUCGAGGAACACUGGCCUAGGGGCGACCUCCUCGAAUUUCUCCAAGAGCAAGAACACCUCACCGGCCAAAUCUUCACCCCUCGCAUCUUCGCCGCCAACGAAUGCCUCCGAUUUCGAGGACCAACAGCCUGUCCAACGGCCAUCGAAACCCCAGGUUCGCAACGGAGAGCGCAACACCAAUGGCGUGACAAACGGAGUCUCAUCGAAUGCAAACCCGGUCAAGAAGCGAAAGGAGCGGGAUGUCGACCAGUUUUCCUCGCAGCAGUCUACGCCGAAUAAGAAGCAACGCGUAUCUAAGGACGUACUCAUGAAAGCUAGACUGUUCACAAAGUUCUACGAGCGAUACGAGGCGUUGCACUGGGAAAUUUCGGGGUUGAAGGAGCCUCCUGAGGAUAAGCUGGCCGAUCUGCUAGAAAUGCGGGAACGAUUGGCCAAUAUGAAGGUUGAGAUUUCCCAGGCUGUGACGGCGAAUUAGGAAGCUUGGGUGACGGGCGCUUGCGAAACGACUGGAACGACAAUUUGCAUUAAAUUGGAGCAUGGAGCGAACGGGAGUUUUACGAAGCGCGACGAAUGAGUAGCCGGCGAACAAAUGGAUGGGCGGAGAUUAGCGAUACCGCUAUAUAUUUAUUACGACGAACGAAUGUUCUUGAACAGCGGCCGGCGGUAUUCUGCAUUUUUACUAUCAGCGAAUGGUGGACAUCCCACUAUCUAAGGGGAAUUUGGCGAUUGCAUAUUAUUUUACGAUUUUAUUAUUUUUUAUUGUCUAUUACUGGAUACCGGAACCGAGGCAUUUUGAUUGGGAUCAGGGAUAACAGCAACACAGCAUGGCUAUUUGAAAUUUGUGGUUUUGAUUUAUCUACCUUUUUUUUUUCCAUAUUUGAUUUUUUUAUUCGGUACGGGCAUUUCGGAUACCAGCAUAGGUUCACCAAAAAA